AUGGCGGAUACAUCAGAUAACAUCGGAAGAGAAGCUUCAAUUUCGUUGCAUCAGGGCAUUCAGACAAGAGAGGGCGCCCAAGAGCUGCCUUUUUCAGCGGAAGACUUGCUUCAAGGACGUACAAGGGGCACUAGCCCCGGCACUGGGUCGCUGGAGAGCAAUUCACCCGACGUGACGCCGGACGACGCGGACGACAAAAAGGACCGUAACCACGCGAAACUUUUCACGGGUGCAUCCACAAGGACGCAACUGAGGCUAGCUCGUUGCCGCAAGGCAAUUAGUUUGGAGUUUCACAACAUCCACUACAAGGUUCCUCUCCGGCGACCGCCGCCGCCACGGAGCCGUUGGGAGCGCUACGUCACCCGGCCGUUGCGUUCCUUCUUGCCCGCAUCCAUCUCCGAGCGUACGUACGGAAGCGUUGAGCUUCUGCACGGCAUCAGCGGCAUCGUUCGACCCGGAGAAUUUUGCGCUAUUCUGGGCGGCUCGGGGGCAGGGAAAACCACGCUGUUGAACGCUCUCGCCGGUCGAUCGGCGGUACCCAUAUCGGAAGGCUCGAUCCUGUUUAAUGGGAGACCGCGAACCCAUGCGACGAGACGCCUUAUCGGCUAUGUCAUGCAGGACGACAUUUUCUUCAGCAAUCUGACUGUUGGACAGACGCUCCAGUUCACGGCCGACAUCCGGUUGCCACGAACCAUGUCUGCCCAGGAGAAGCGGGAACGCGUCGAUGAGGUGCUGCAGUUCCUUAAUUUAUCAAAGGCAAAAGACACGAUCAUUGGUGACCAGCAGUUCCGCAAAGGCAUCAGCGGUGGUGAGCGGAAGCGAACCAAUAUUGCGGAAACGCUGCUGACGAAUCCAUCGCUUCUGCUUCUGGAUGAGCCGACCAGCGGUCUCGAUUCAACAACUGCGCUGGCAGUAGUGCGGCUGCUAAAGGAUCUAGCGAUCACUGAAGGGCGCACCGUCAUCGCGACAAUCCACCAGCCGAGCUCCAUCAUGUGGGCUGAAUUCGACAAGGUUCUGCUUCUCGCGGAAGGCAGUGUGGUCUACUUUGGACAAGCCAGAGAUGCGACGGAUUAUUUUGAGAAGCAAGGUUUCCGUCUGCCCUACGGGUACAACCCGGCGGAUUACCUGCUGGACUUGCUCGUGAGCGGCGUGCACAGUGGAGGUCGGAUGACCGAGGAGCGGUGGACCACAGUUCCGGAUCAGGUUCGGUGGGAGACUCGACGCCUUUUCGGUGGUCUCGAUCAGUUCGAAGACCCGUCCAUGUAUCCAGUAGAGAACGACUAUAACUUAACUGCAUCGAUGGUGCUCCGAGCGGCUUGGCGGCUGCACGAGGAGGAAAUGCUUGCACGCGAACGGAAACUGUACGAGGAAAGAAUUCGCGAGCAUUCCACAAUCGCUCGAGCUGCAGAUGCCUCCAAACGAGAAAUGGAACGCGCAGCAAACGACGUUGAGCGGACGCGACCAACAGAGUCGCUGCGCAAUGUGCUGCACAGAAUCCGCUCGCACCUUCCAACAGGUCCGGAUCGUCAAACAGCGCGCACCAACGACGACGACGAGAACAACCACGUCGUAAUCAAGCUAGAUUCAGCUAUCAAUGAGUUCGAUGAAGACGAUACCGCGGAACUGGAAGAGAUCGAACGACACAAGUAUCCAGUUUCAUGGCUGCAGCAGUUCCGCGCACUAGCUAUCCGCGCUAUGCAUCAGCGAAAGGGUGUCUUGUUUACGUUCCCAACGCUUAUCCAGUGCGUCAUUAUAUCGGUGCUAGUGAUGCUAAUCUGGAUCAAUUCACCGAACAACGCGAAUGGCAUUCAUCAGCGUUUCGGUCUGGCGUUCUUUUCGGGAAUAUUCUGGGCGUUCUUCGCGCUCUUCAACAGCAUCACCUCGUUCCCGUCAGAGCGGGCGGUGCUCGCCAAAGACCGAUCCUCCGGUAGCUACAUGCUGUCCGCGUAUUUUCUCGCCAAGACAUCCGUGGAGAGCCCACUCGAGCUCAUCUACCCAUACCUAUACAUACUCAUUGUUUAUUUCGCCACGGAUCUGCAACGAACGGCCCGAGCGUUCUUCCUUUUCGUGAUCCUGCUCUCGCUCUUGACGCUCGUUGCGCAGUCCAUGGGCUACUGGAUCAGCAGCAUGGUGAUGGAGUUCAAACAAGCUCAGGUUAUCGCGUCCAUCUGGAUGCUGGCUUCGAUGCUGGUCGCUGGUUUCUAUAUCAGCGAAUCGCAGAUUCCGGUGUGGAUCCGAUGGAUUCGUUAUGUGUCCUUUGUAUACUACGGUUACGUGGGUCUUGUGAUGAAUGAAUUCCAGGGCUCGACGUACGCAUGUGUUAGCGACAGCUCCACGGCCAAGUCGUACCCGUCAUGCGCGCAAUCGCCGCCGCAACCCAUCACCCCGCACGAGGUCUAUCAGGCAUACAGUGUGAACACAGUGUUCGGCAUCGGAGGGAGUAUCGGCAUGUUGAUCAUGUUUCUCGUCGUUUUGCGAUUUUUCGCGUAUUUGAGUUUGAAGUACAUUCAAGCUGUACGCAAGUGA